UCUGGACGGCCAGCAACGAGUGACGUCCGAUUGAGUAAUUGCAUCAACCAAGAUGAACGUAUUUGUUUUGAUUGCGCUCCUCUGCGUCUUCCUUGGGGCCAGCCUCGGGAAAGAAACCACAAGAAGCCCUCAGCCUGAUGUCAACAACAUUGAAUACGCUGAUCAUGGAUUCUACAGGAGUUCUUUCAUUGGAAACGACGAGUACUUCGACAAGCAUUGGAACAGUCUUUGCGGCUAUUUCCCGCUCAUAGUCACCAAGGACAGUGGACUCGAUCCCCCCUUCCACCUUAAAUUCAACUUCACUUUCUUCGGCCGGAGCUAUUCGCAAGUCCACGUGUCGCCGCACGGCUUCCUCAGCAUCGGCAAGGAUCGACUGGCUAACCCCGCCGCCACGCAGUACGCAGCACCCCUUAUGGCCCCCUUCGAGGGUCCAAGGAGAUACUACAUUUGCAACGGAGAAAAGAAGUUCACCGCUGUGUGGCUGGACAUGGCUACCCCGGAUGAUCCGAACACCCAGUUUUUAUUUGCAAUCACUCUCUACGACAACGAUGACAUUGCUUUUUCUUACAAAGAGGUUCCCAAGCCAAUUAAAUCUAUUGCAACAUCACCAGUCAAAGUCGGACUCAGCGACGCGUUUACCGCCUACUUCGAGAAUCCCAAGUCCGAUGAUUCUACAGACACAACGUACAACAGCAUUUCCUUCAUCAACUACGACAUCAAGAACAAGACUGUCAUCAAACUGGAACGGCUUCCAACUUGCAGUGAUCACUCCGACUGCCGAAGCUGCGUCAGUGCUGACUCUAACUUGAACUGCGUGUGGUGUGCAUUACUGCAGAGGUGUGGGGCGUUUGACUCAAAUCUCAACCCCUGGUAUAAAUGGGUGUGUCAACGUUACACCAUCCAGAAACCAUCGCAGUGCCACACAGAGCAUUUUUUGCUAUCCAAGGUGGACAACUCCAUCGACUGGGCCAAAUAACAAAUCCUCUCUUAUCAGUUCACCCUUAACUUACCUCCGUAUUUUUAGACGAUCCCUUAGCAAAGACUUAGUGCACGUCAAAUUGUUCCAUUAUUUUAGUCGGUAAAUCAAUUAGAUCACUUUUGGGAAGUUCAAACAGGAAAUAAAUUAAAUUAAAAAUAGUUUUCAUUGCACCAUUUGUAUAAUAAUGUUCAGCUUCUUUUUACUUUAAUUUUGUUGUUGUCAUCAGUUGCUACAGCUAUAUACCAAAUACCUACUAAGAAUAUGGGGGUGCACUAGCAUGUAAGCCGCCGUCUCACUCGAUGUGAGAUGAGGUAAGGAAGCGAAUGUCUAUUAUUAAACUACCGGACAUUGUCUUUUUUAAUUCGAAAUACUCACUAUUUAGAGUGAAAGUCGCCUUACAAGCCAGUGUUUUAUAGCGUUUUAAGUAAUUAUAUUAAGUUUCUUUUAUUGUAACAGCAAAAAAAACUAACAUAAUUGUUUUGGUAUAUUUUGAAAUGUGAUUCUAAAACUGCCCAUUUUUUUUGUAAUAAAAAUUUUGCUUUCGUUAAAAUAAAAUUAUUAUAAUUGCUGUUACAACUACUUGUCGAUAGAGGGCGCUACUUCACCUGUUUUAUGU